GGCAAUGGAGAACAUAACCAGCGUGAGUCCGACCGGCACCUAUAGUUAUUAUGACUAUGAAGACGGAGACCGCGGUAUACAUGGCCUUAAUGUUUUUACUCUGUGUAUCUACACGGUGGCCUUCUUGCUGGGGACAGCAGGAAACGGUCUGGUUAUCUGGAUCGCUGGAUUCCGGAUGAAGAAAACCGUCAACGUGGUGUGGUUCCUUAACCUGGCCAUUGCCGAUUUUAUCUUUACUUUCUUCUUGCCCUUAAGCAUCGUCUACGCAGCCAUGGGGUUCCACUGGCCCUUCGGCACCUUCAUGUGUAAACUAAACAGCGCGGUUGCCUUCCUGAACCUAUUUGCAAGUAUCUUCAUUCUUACCGUCAUCAGUCUAGACCGCUGGAUUUCCGUGGUGUUUCCCGUGUGGGCUCAGAACAACAGGACGCCUCGGUUGGCUUAUGUCGUUAUCCUGAUUGUUUGGGUUCUCGCAGUAUGUUUCAGUUUAACAUAUUUCAUCUUCAGAGACACAGAUCAAUUUGAAGAUGGAACCAUUGGGUGUUACAACAAGUUCCAUGAUGAAUACAAUGAUCUGUUUCUACUAAGACAUAGGGCUACAGUGAUUACAAGGUUCAUCGUUGGCUUUUUCAUCCCUUUCACUGUUAUCAUCGCUUGCUACAGCGUGAUUGCGUCGCGUCUCUACAGAAAUCGCAUGACCACGUCUACCAAACCUUACAAGGUUAUUCUGGCUGUCUUGAUCUCCUUCUUUUUCUGUUGGUUUCCAUAUCAUGUGUUCUCCUUUUUGGAAUUGUAUGCCGUAACUCACUCUGUUACGUAUUUUGAUCGGGUCCUACAAGUUGGCGUCCCGCUCGCCUCCAGCCUGGCCUUCCUCAACAGCUGUGUUAACCCUUUCCUCUACGUCUUUAUCGGUCGAGAUUUCAAGGAGAAAAUGAGGACCUCGAUCCAGUCUAUCUUUGAGAAAGCCUUCAGCGAGGAUAGUAUGCAGACAGACCUCAAGAGCAAAACAAAGUCAUCUUCUGAAUCUCAUGUUGUUUGAAUAUCAGUAAGUUCUUUGCAGGGAGGUAAUGCGGAAGCUGCUUAAGAACAGACACGGAUCCAUACAUGCUAACUGAUU